AGGCCAUACCGUACCGUUCCAUGCAAUCAACCCGACCUCUGCACCGCGAAGGGAAACAAAAGAAAAAGAAACCAGCCAAAAAUAUCAGACAAAAUGGUCAUGCCCACAGACAUCGACGUAAUCUUUUACCUCCCUGAGAACGAUCCAUUCGCGGCGAAUCCAGAGCAGCACAACAACGACAAUGACGACCGCGACAACAACGAUAGUCAAGAAAAGAAGCCGCUUUCCACUGGCAACCGGAUCUUCCAGGAAUGUCUAGAACAACACCUUGACGCUUAUAAUCAUACGUCGGGGCUGAGCCAAGACGAGUUGGUGGAAUGGCAGAAAGAGAUUCGAAAACAAGUGCUGGAAACCUUCCACCAGCGGAUCCACGACGCCACCGCUAACGGUCCAUUGCAAUUCCCCGGCCAGGCGCCAUUGCCGACCGGAACCCAACAGCCGCAAACCUUGGAAGCCACACUACCCAAGGCCCAGUUUUACGUACACAUCAAGCAGGGGGACACCUCGUGCUUCGCCAAGGUCUGCUUCAAGAACCGAAUCGACGAAAAGAUCGUAAGUGCGCACUUUAUUUUGUUGCUGGGAAUCGACUGGGAGCACCGAGCGUAACGUGUGUGGCGGGACAUGGUCUGGUGAUGGAGCGAAAGAAAUGGAACGCGAUUCUCGCACGGAGGCAGCCCGAAAAAUGAUGCGAUGCUGUGCAAAGCACUCCAUCGAAAGCAGAAUUUCAACUGCGAAGAAUUGCGAGUGCCAAUAGCAAUUCAAAAAUCGAUAUUACAUGGCCAACAAAAUCAUGUAAAUGGGCAAUGAACGAAACAAAAGAAAACGAAAAGAAUCAAAGCACAGAAGCUUUGAUCUUUUGAUACCAGUUUCGAAUACCUUUUAUCGUCUAACCACCACAUUUCCUUGUCGCAAUCUUCGUUUUGCCACGAUUCUAUCCUUUCCCCUCAAUAUAUCAUAACGAAACGUGCCAUCCAAAUGAAACAAAACUCAAACACAUCAAAUCAAAUCAAAUCCAUCUAGAAAGAGUCGUUUGAGCGGCUCAGCCGAAAGCAGAAACGCGAUCCACUCCUGCAAAGAUCGACAGAACGACUAGCCGCGGCCGCUAGUGCCGAAGAGGCACCGGCCAGUGUGGGUGGCAGCUCGGACAAAGGAAACAACCACGGUGCGAGUCAGGGUGCCACGAAUGGAUCCGAUUCGGAAAACGCCGAGGAGGCUUCGGUCAUAAAAAACACCACGAAUGGGAACAGCUGCGAAAACAAUGGCGUCAACGGGAGCGACUCGGAAGCUAGUAGCACCCAGAGUGCUACUGCCAGGACACGGGGACUGUCGCAUCUUCCUGUGCCUGAUAUCGAGACUGAGCAUCCAAGUGUUGUUCGGAUCCAGGGAGACAAGGGCGACGAGACAAAACACACAAAAGCCAAGGAUAUCAGAAAUACCGGUAGCAGCGGUUCUCACACCGGCGAAUCUGCCCUCGAACCGAUGCCCGAGAUUACAAAGUCACCCUAUGAGGGGAAUCAAUCCGCCGAGAUCGACGAGGAACAACUGGACGAACUGAAAAAAUUGAUGGAGCCGUGGGGCCCCGAUAGAUGCCGGAAUCCUAUCCUCGACAAAUACUAUGGGGAACCCCUCGCUAGCACAAUUUUUCGGACCCGGCUCGAAAUUCCAAAGACGGGACUGCUGUACCACGCCAGUUGGAUACGGGGGAAGAUCGGGGAUUCCAACCUGGGAUGGAUCCCAAAACCGCAGAUGUUGCUGUGUCUGAUGGAAGAAAAGUUCGGAUCGGCGACGGAUUCCACAGCUUCCUCUCUGGGGGGAAACAACACCGUACAGGCGGUGGCCAAAAAACUGGAAUGCUCCCAGCUUGUCAUCAGGGCCAUGAAGGAAUGGAACCUAAAGUUCGAGUUUCCCGAGCUCUACUCCAAUAAUGCAGAGAAGGAAUUUGUUUUCCGAACGGAUACCCUCGAGACCAAGACGAGGUGUUACAAGUGCGAGAUUUUUGUGGCAAGGGUCUACGCUGCCGUGGUCGUGCUCAACCAGGAAGCCUUUCAGGCGGUCAAGCCGUCGCUAAUGACCAAGGUCAGGGCAUGCCUGGCCAUCAUGAACGAGCACGUCCAGGCCAACACGACGGAAUUGGUCCGGAUCGUUGCGAAAAAGCAAAAGUUUCGGGACGGAAUCGCUGCGGCCGGUGCUGCUGCUGCUGCCGCCGCCGCUGCGACCACCCACGCGAGCCACCGGAGAAGAAAGCGCCGCCUCGCCGAAAGCACAAAGACCGCUGGCCCGGCGGCCGGGGCUCCACGCAAGAGAGCUGCCGUGGAAGAAUCCGCCCUCGACGACCGGCCGCGAGAGAGGACACCGAAACGCCGGAGGACCUACACGAUCGAGGGAACCUGCGAGGAGCGCGAGGAGAUCCUCACGGCUUCCUAUGCGAUCAUCCAGAAGGAGGUCGAAAAACUCCUAAUGAUGAUGGAGCUCUUUCGCCAGCAGCUCCGGGACCGCCCGGAGGUCCUAAGUCGCGAGAUCCAGGAAGGCCUCGAGCGGGAGAACUGCUAGCACCAAUCUUCCGCGCAAAAUCGGCAAGCGAGAAUCGUUGAUUUGCGACGAGAGCCACCGAUAGGAGGAGCUCUGCAAACUCUUUGAUA